AUGAAUGAGCAAUCCAAGUCCAAGAGGACCUACGUGAUGGAACAGGUAUCCCGGCAGUAUCCCGGCCGUAUCCCGGCAGUAUCCCGGCAGUAUCCCGGCCGUAUCCCGGCAGUAUCCCGGCCGUAUCCCAGCAGUAUCCCGGCAGUAUCCCGGCAGUAUCCCGGCCAUAUCCCAGCCGUAUCCCGACAGUAUCCCGGCAGGAUCCCAGCCGUAUCCCGGCAGUAUCCCGGCAGUAUCCCGGCAGUAUCCUGGCCAUAUCCCAGCCGUAUCCCGGCAGUAUCCCGGCAGUAUCCCAGCCAUAUCCCGGCAGUAUCCCGGCAGUAUCCCAGCCGUAUCCCGGCCGUAUCCCAGCCGUAUCCCGGCAGUAUCCCAGCAGUAUCCCGGCCAUAUCCCAGCCGUAUCCUGGCAGUAUCCCAGCCGUAUCCCGGCAGUAUCCCGGCAGUAUCCCGGCCGUAUCCCGGCCGUAUCCCGGCCGUAUCCCAGCCGUAUCCCGGCAGUAUCCCGGCAGUAUCCCAGCCGUAUCCCGGCCGUAUCCCAGCCGUAUCCCGGCAGUAUCCCGGCAGUAUCCCAGAAGUAUCCCGGCCAUAUCCCAGCCGUAUCCCGGCCAUAUCCCAGCCGUAUCCCGGCAGUAUCCCGGCCGUAUCCCGGCAGUAUCCCGGCAGUAUCCCGGCAGUAUCCCGGCCAAAUCCCAGCCGUAUCCCGGCAGUAUCCCGGCAGUAUCCCAGCCGUAUCCCGGCCAUAUCCCAGCCGUAUCCCGGCAUGAUUCCCGGCAGUAUCCCAGCCGUAUCCCGGCAGUAUCCCAGCAGUAUCCCGGCCAUAUCCCAGCCGUAUCCCGGCAUGAUUCCCGGCAGUAUCCCAGCCGUAUCCCGGCAGUAUCCCGGCAGUAUCCCAGCCGUAUCCCGGCAUGAUUCCCGGCAGUAUCCCAGCCGUAUCCCGGCAGUAUCCCGGCAGUAUCCCGGCAGUAUCCCAGCCAUAUCCCGGACGUAUCCCAGCCGUAUCCCUUUGUUAUGA